GCGCGGAAAACGACACAUCCUGGUGCACUCCGGAGUGUAGGAAGAAGAGAUUGACGACACAAUGGCAUUCGACUUUGCUGCUGGUUGGUUAGGAGGAUGCAUGGGACUGUUUGCUGGCCAUCCAUUUGACACUGUGAAGGUACGGCUACAAACACAGGGAGUUAAGGGACAGUAUAAAGGGACACUCGAUUGCUUUCUCCAGAUUAUUCGAAAGGAAAGCCCACUUGCUCUGUACAAAGGUGUGACGUCUCCUCUGUUUGGUGUUGCUCUGAUCAAUGGUAUUGUGUUUGGUACGUAUGGGCCGGCUCUUCGCUUCUUUCAAAAUCAUUAUCAGCAACAAACAGACGAGCCAUGUUUACAUCAGUCUCAGUAUUUUAAGGUUGCUGCAGCAGGCUCAGUGGCUGGCUUUGUGCAGUCGUUUGUCUGUUCUCCGGUUGAGCUAGCGAAAACGAAGCUUCAAGUACAACAGAAAACAUACGAUGGAAAGAAAUGUCUGCAACACAAUAGAUCGUCAUUGUAUAACGGACCCGUUGAUGUACUUAGGAGGUUAAUCAAACACGAUGGUAUUCGUGGAUUCUAUCGAGGUCUAUGGUCUACAGUAUUACGGGACGUGCCUGCUUUUGCUAUCUACUUUUCAUCGUACUCCUAUCUUUGCAACUCCCUCGCACAAAAGGGUCAGUCAGAAUACGAUCUAGCAGCAUGGAAGGUGAUCCUGGCAGGUGGGACUGCAGGUUGUCUUUCUUGGAUUGUGAACAUUCCGAUUGACGUUGUAAAGUCAAGGAUUCAGGCAGAUAGUAUAGCAGAACCAAAGUACCGUGGGUUUAUGGACUGCAUGCUAAAGAUUUAUAGAAAUGAAGGUCCAAGAGCUUUGUUUCGUGGGCUGGUGCCGAUUCUAUUGAGAGCAUUCCCAACCAAUGGAACUACGUUCGUAGUCUACUCAUUUAGUUUACAGUACAUGAGUAAUUUGCUAGAAAACGAUUAUAACUAACUAUGAGCUACAUAAAGUUAUACCGUUUAUACUUCUUCAAAUGCUUACUAUUAUCUCUGUUUUAACUAUUCAGUUAUUUAUGUAUGUUAAUUAAAACACCAUUUUGAAUUAAUAAUAUGAAGUUUCUUA